AUUAGCUAGUGCAAAAUGUUCUCCAAAAUUUUAGCUCUCAGCGCAGUGUUGGCCGCAGCCAACGCUGGCCUGCUGCCGCUACACCACUCUGCAGUGUCCUCCCAAAGCAUUGUGCGCCACGAUGCCCCCGUCCACUAUGCGCACGCCGCCCCCAUCCUCCACGCCGCCCCCCUCGUCCACGCUGCUCCCCUUGCCCAUGCUGCCCCCAUUGUUCACGCCGCUCCACUGGCUCUUGGACACGGAUACGAACACUCCCACCCCAAAUACGACUACGCGUACUCCGUGGCAGACCCUCAUACCGGCGACCACAAGUCGCAGCAUGAGUCCCGCAACGGCGGCGCCGUCCAUGGAAGCUACUCCCUGGUUGAGCCUGACGGUUCCGUGCGCAAGGUCGAGUACACCGCUGACGACCACAAUGGUUUCAACGCGGUAGUCCACAAGACCCCCGGCCAUCACCCCGCUCCCGUAGUCCACGCUGCCCCUGUAGUAGCUCACGUCGCUCCUGUGGCGCACUACGCCGUCGCCCCCCUCGCCCAUCAUGGACAUCAUGGCUUCCACUACUAGACCACUAGCGUAUUAUUGAAUGAUCGUGAUGUAUGACUGAUGCAUGUGAUAUUUAUGUGUAUAUAAUGAUGAUUAAAUGAUUUUAUAAUCAACUGUAAAUAUAAUCAGCUGCUGAACAGUUAUAUUUUCUUUCAAUUUCA